AUGAGUUUGCCCCUCGACCCCAAACAUUUCCUGAAUGGAUUAACAAGAAGGCCGGUAAUGGUGAAACUUAAGGGGGAAUGGAGUACAAAGGCUACCUUGGUAUCUGUAGAUGGCUAUAUGAACAUGCAGCUUGCAAACACAGAAGAACACAUAGACGGAGUAUUGUCUGGACAUUUGGGUGAAGUUUUUUAAAACUGUCUCUU